UUACUUUCGUUCACAGUUUGUCGGCAACACACGCGAAAUUAAUGACUCUAAUGUUAUUUAUGGAAAUUACUGCAGUUAAAUAAGUUAAAUAUUAAUUAAACAAAAUGGUUAUUUGUGCAGUGCCCAAUUGUUUUGAAAGAACAGGAAAAAGGGGGAAGAAAUGGAGAGAGAACCGCCACGGAAAGGUAACCUUUCACAGGAUUCCAGAUCGAAUGAAAGAAAUCUGGGCGAAAAGUUUAGGACUGAACGUUGAAUCUAUGAACAAGAACACCAGAAUAUGUUCAUGCCAUUUUCAUGAAAAAAUGUUUGAUAGGACAGGCAGUACUGCAAGGCUUCGAGAAAAUGCUGUACCUCAAAAUCACACUAUUUAUACUCGGACGCAACCUCUGAAUGAGAAUGGAAAAGUGUCGAAGAAGGCAGAAGGAAAAAGUGUUUUGCAUGGUGCAUUUAAUCCUUCAAUAUUAGAAGUCAUCACAUCAGAGCACUCUUAUGUGAGUAAUGCUCCACCAUCGUCCUCAGACAAAAAGUCAAUUAUUUCUAUUCAGGAAGACCUUGCAAUUAAUCCGCCGGUAGAAUGUAUCUUAAAUUCUUCAAGUCUAGAAGAAAGUAUCUUGGAAGUUUCUAGAGAUGACCGGAUAAAAAUUCACACUGAUAGUGAGGGGAAAUCCACGCGGGAAAUACCAACACGAUCGGUUCUUCCUGAAUCCAAAUUGCGAAUUGUGUCUAAGCAUCUGGUUUUCCAACCACCAGUUCAAACGGGUAGUAAUUCAUCUUUCAAGAAGUUUCAAGAAGCAAGAGGCAAGUGCUAUAGGCCGGAAUUUAACCGAGUUCGGUUUAGGAAUGAGAAAGACUAA